AUGUCGGCCAUCUACCCAAGCCUCGCUAACAAGAUAAUAUGCAUCACUGGCGGCGCCGAAGGGAUCGCUGCUGCCGCCGUGGAGCUCUUCUGCAACCAAGGCAGCCGAGUCAUCUUCUUCGACAUCUCCAACACCUCAGCAGAAACAUUAAUAGCCAAGAUCCAAUCCAAAAAAGACCUCGAAGGCGCGAAUAGUCGCACGAGGAUUCCGGUCUUCUUCCGCUGCGACGUCACCGACCUCGCCUCCCUCCGCGCGAGCGCACAACACGUUCUCAACGAGUAUGGCGGCGUGGACGUUCUCGUCAACAGCGCCGCCUCAGCCGGAGCGAGCAGCCGUGUGCCGUCUGCAGAAGUCACGCCCGAGUCCUGGGAAGCCGAUAUGAACGUCAACCUCCGCCAUGUCUUCUUCCUAACGCAAGCCAUUGUACCCGCCAUGCAGCGCCAGCGCUCCGGCAGCGUGAUCAACAUGGGAAGCAUCACAUGGCGGAUCCCGGCGUCCGGAAUCCCGAUCUACACCGCUGCCAAAGCGGCCAUCAUGGGCUUGACACGGACACACGCAAAGGAGUUUGGGCCGUACGGCAUUCGUGUGAAUUCCGUGAUGCCAGGGGCGAUCGCGACCGAGCGGCAAAUUAAUGAAGUGCUCACGCCGGAGUAUCGGGCGGAGGUGAUGCGGAAUCAGAGUUUGCAGAGGGAUCUGAUGCCGCGGGAGGUGGCGAGUGUCAUUUUGUUCCUGGCUAGCGAGGAUAGUAGUGCGGUGACGGGGAGUAGCUAUGUGGUCGACGGAGGCUGGGUGUCGGAUCCAUGA